UAAAAACAAAACAGAAUCCACUCGCGAACAAGGAGUCUUAACUCCAAGUCUUUUAAUACGGUCUGGGACUGACAGUUCCUCAAAAAACCAAUAAAACCAGUACACCAAGGGUCAAACCCAUAUCACUUUCUUCUUUGAUAAACCCUAAAGAUGGAAGUUAAGACUGAUAAUGAAGAAGAAGAAGAAUCUCCAGGUUUAAUGGAACCAUUACUUCCUGAUUAUCAUUAUCAUAAUCAGUUCCCAUCACCACUUGUUAGAUCCUCUAAUGUCACAUCUCAAAUUGCACUUGUUGGUGCUAAAUUUUGCCCAAUUGAAAGCUUAGAUUAUGAGAUAACUGAGAAUGAUUUCUUCAAGCAGGAUUGGAGAAGUCGUGGGUGUUUUCAGAUAUUUCAGUAUAUUUGUAUGAAAUGGAUAUUGUGUUUCCUUAUUGGGAUUUCAGUUGGGCUUGUUGGGUUCUUCAAUAAUUUGGCUGUUGAGAAUAUUGCUGGAAUGAAGUUUGUUAUUACUUCUAAUCUGAUGUUGGCUAGAAAGUUUGGAGGGGCGUUCACAGUAUUUGCUCUUUCAAAUUUGGGUCUCACUUUGUUUUCAUCAGUCAUUACGGCUUAUAUUGCACCUGCUGCAGCUGGUUCUGGUAUACCAGAAGUAAAGGCUUACUUAAAUGGUGUGGAUGCCCCUGGAAUCUUUUCUCCGAAAACACUGGUCAUAAAAAUCAUUGGUAGCAUUGCUGCCGUGUCAGCUUCUCUUCAAGUUGGCAAGGCAGGACCCAUGGUGCAUACUGGUGCUUGUAUAGCAGCAUUACUGGGGCAGGGUGGAUCUAAGAAAUAUGGGAUGACAUGGAAAUGGUUACGGGUGUUCAAGAAUGACAGAGACAGGCGUGAUCUUGUGACUUGUGGAUCAGCUGCAGGAAUUGCUGCUGCUUUUCGUGCACCAGUUGGUGGUGUUCUUUUUGCUCUUGAAGAAAUGGCAUCAUGGUGGAAGAGUUCUCUACUUUGGAGAACAUUCUUCACAACGACUGUGGUUGCUAUUGUACUCCGGGCUCUCAUUGAUGUUUGUAACAACGGCCACUGUGGGUUAUUUGGUAAGGGUGGGCUGAUAAUGUUUGAUGUGACCUCAGCAAGUACUGCUUAUCACAUUGCAGAUGUACCUCCUGUGCUGGUUCUUGCAGUAAUUGGAGGAUUGUUGGGAGGUUUAUACAAUUAUCUUUUGGAUAAGGUCCUACGAGUAUAUAGUGUCAUCAACGAAAAAGGAGUUGCAUAUAAAAUACUUCUCGCUUGUGCGAUCUCUAUAAUUACUUCAUGUCUGCUAUUUGGUCUACCAUGGUUUGCACCUUGCCGACCUUGUCCAGCUGAUUCAUAUGAAGCAUGUCCAACUAUUGGAAGGUCUGGUAACUACAAGAAGUAUCAAUGUCCACCCGGUCACUACAAUGAUCUGGCAAGCCUUUUCUUCACUACAAAUGAUGAUGCCAUCAAGAAUCUUUUCAGCAAAGACACGGAUGCUGAGUUCUACAUUUUCUCGAUCCUAAUCUUCUUUGUUACCUGCUUUUUUCUAAGUGUCAUCAGUUACGGGAUUGUAGCUCCUUCAGGCCUAUUUGUCCCUGUUAUCGUAACAGGGGCUUCUUAUGGACGUUUCGUUGGAAUAUUAUUGGGUUCACGCUCUAACCUCAACCAUGGCCUCUUUGCGGUACUAGGUUCUGCUUCUCUUCUCGGGGGAUCUAUGAGGAUAACUGUGUCCACAUGUGUUAUCCUGUUGGAACUUACCAACAAUCUGUUAUUGCUUCCCCUGAUAAUGUUAGUUUUACUCAUAUCUAAAGCAGUGGCUGAUGGUUUUAAUGGCAAUAUUUAUGACAUUAUCAUGAAGUUGAAGGGGUUCCCCUACCUAGAAGCUCACGCAGAGCCAUACAUGAGGCAGCUAACAGUCAAUGAUGUUGUCACGGGUCCGCUUCAGUUCUUUAACGGUAUUGAGAAGGUUAGGAAUAUCGUACAAGUCUUAAAAACCACGGGGCAUAAUGGAUUUCCUGUGAUUGAUGAACCUCCAAUCUCAAUGACACCGGUGUUGUACGGUUUAGUCCUUAGGCAGUAUCUUAUUGUGUUGUUAAAGAAAAAAGCUUUCUUGCCCAGUCCUGUACCCACAGGGAUUCAUGCCUUUGGGCAGUUGUGUGCAGAUGAUUUUGGCAAACGGGGAUCAGGCAAAUGUGACUCGAUAGAAAAUAUAGAAUUGACUGAUGAAGAGCUGGAGAUGUUUAUAGACUUGCAUCCAUUUACAAACAGCUCUCCAUAUACUGUUGUGGAGACAAUGUCAUUAGGGAAAGCUCUAAUGAUAUUCAGAGAGGCUGGUUUAAGACAUAUGUUGGUGAUACCGAAGACCUUUGGUAGAUUACCUGUUGUUGGUAUAUUAACAAGACACGAUUUUAUGCCUGAGCAUAUACUGGGGUUGCAUCCUUUCCUCUUUAAGAGCAAGUGGAACAGAUUACGAUUUCGAGUUUCCAGUUUGUAUAAAGUUUUCAGGUCAUCCCCUGUAAAUGGCGUGGAUCUAGUUUAGUCACGUCUAAGUUGAGCUCCUUCACAAGGUACAUGAUUAUUGUUUGAUUUAUAACAGAAACAUGCUUUGUGCAUUCCUCUUCUAAGCCGAGAAACAUGAAGAAAUGAUGAGCAAGUUCCAUGCCAUCAACCAUGUAUGUGCAUAGGAAGAGCUACACACCGCACCAUAAAUUCCUUCUCCUAUGCUUUAUGGUAGUCAUAAACCUUGUUUAUAUCUUUCUAUAUGACGCGGGCAGUAACUUUGUGAUUUCAUUUAGUUAAACAAAUAUUUUAGCAAUCAAGUCCCAUCAACUUUAGUAUUUUAGUUUGUUUUUUUCUUCUCGUCAUUGAAGUUAAAGAAGGUCUCCCACGCUGUUGCGCAGUUUUCGGUUGUCUAAUUGAAAAUUUUAUUUAGCUAUUGAUUAGAGUAUCAUAGUCUUGCUGUUGUAUUUUCUGGAAAAGACUUGUCUCUUGAGUCUGGUGCCAUUUUUUAUGGAAAGAAUCCUGGAGUUUAUCCAAAAAUGUAAAAAAAACUAUACACAGAUAUAGAAUUGAUUUUAGUUUUGUUUAAAA